AUGAGAAAAUCAUCAUCUAAUACAAGAUUAGAUCCAUCAACACUACCGAAGAAAACAACUUCAAUCAAAUCUUUACCAUCUUUACAACCUAGACAACCAAUUCAAUCACCACAAAUUCAACAACUAAAAGAAUCUAUAAAUCAUCCACCUUUAUCAACACAACAUUCACAAUCUUCGAUUCAUCAAUUUACCAAAAAUGAUAUUGAAAGAGAUAGAUCAACUACAUUAUCAUCGAUGGAUAUACCUUUCCAUCCAGUUGAAAGAGAAAGAGAAAACAAUAUAGAAACAAUAACAGGAACACCAGAUUUUUCAAGAUCAAGAAGUGCAACAUUACCUAACUUUGUAAAUUUCGAAAUGAAUUCCAAUUCGCAAUUACCUUCAACUCCAUCAUUAACUUCAAUACCUUCAAAUCAUCCAGAAAGUCCAACUUGGUUAUUAAGUGAUUUAUUAUCAAAUUUAAGUAGUUUAAAAGAUAAAGAUGAAUAUUCAAUUGUUCAAAAAUCAAAUGAUUUAGUUACUUUAUUUCAAACUUACCCCAAUUUAAAAGAAGAUGUACAAAUUAAAACUGUAUUACCAAGAAUUCAAUUUAUGUUAUAUCAUCAAGUAUCAGAAGUUAGAAGUUCAUGUUAUAGAAUACUAAGGCAUUUGAUUGUGAAUUAUCAAAGUUUAAUUUUAUUGGGACAACUGAAAUUAUUGAUUUUUAUAAUAGUAAGUUUAGCAAAUGAUCAAUCAAGAAGUUCAAUAGUAGAAAUGGAACAAGCAUUAAAGUUAAUACGGCAGUUUAUGACUAUAGAAAAAGGUGCGGAUUUAUUAUCAGUGGGAGUAAUCAAAGCUUUAAUAUCAGUUGUUGAAAGUGAUAAAUUUGAUUAUCAUAAAGCUACAUCAAUAAGUACAAAUUACGGGAUUAAUGUUGAGUCGAUACCUGAUGGAUUUAAAAAUGCUUGUCAUGAAACAAUAACUGAGAUUGCAUUAUUAAAGCCGGAGUUAGUGUUUCAUUCUGGGGGGUUUAAAUUAAUGAUUGAUUCAAUAAUCGAUGGACCAUUUGAAGUUUCGUCCACCUGUUUAUUCAUAAUACUACGACUUCUAAGCUUCCAAAAUUCAAGAAAAUUUCUACGAAAUGGGUUUGAUCUAGAUUCGCUUAUAUCAAUUUUUUCAACAGAAGAUUCUGAAGGUCAAGAUAAGUUUAAAAAUGUAACAAAUUUUAAAUUACAAAAAGUUUCUUUUCUAAUUUCAACGUUAUUAAAAGAUUUCAAUGGAUUAAUCGCAUACUCAAUUAAUGACUUUACCAGUAUUAAAAAUUUACUAGUAAAUUUAACAAAAAGAAAUAAUAGAGUUCAAGACUUGAUUCUUGAUAUUUUAUUAGAUGCUUUGAGGAUUAAAGUUUUCCCAUGGCUACAGAGUAGUCCAAUUGGAGAUUAUAUUUCAAGGUAUAAUGAUUUUAGAAAGGGGAAAAAAAAUGAAAAGUUUCCAUUUGAAUACAGUGAUAGUAAAGAACCAUUUUUAAGAGAUAUAGCUCAUCAUUAUCAAGGAUUACUAACGUAUAUUUUAAUAAUUAAUGAUGUGUUCGAACAUUUGAUAGGUUUAAUUGAGGAUUCAAUAACUAGUGAAGAGCUGAGAAAAAAAGCGACGCUUUUAAUGACGAAACUUUAUUCAAUGGCAAGUAAUUAUUUACCUCAAGAACUAAUUAAAAAGAAAAUGCAACAUUUAAAUCUUUCAACUCAUAUAUCAUUUGAAGUUGUUAAUAUUACUCGCUCAAAAUUCAUCAGCAACAAUGAACAGAAUCAAUAUAUUAAAUUAAAUGUGAGACAAAUUACCUCCCAAGCCAAUAGUACUGUUGAUGAUGAUGAGUUUAAAAAUAUGAUUACAAAUAGUAGGGUAUUGGUCAUUAAAGAAUUCGAGGACUGGAAUUGGCCAUUACUAUUAAGUUUAGUUCAAGGUCCAUUAACAUCGCCAAAAAGAUUUGAAGAAGUACUAGAAAAAUCUCCAAAAUUUUUCAAAAGGUUAGUAUCUUUUUAUAGACCAUUUAAAUAUAGAUUUUCAACAGUACAUUAUCAAUCAAAAAAUUAUCAAAAAUAUAUUAAUUUUGGAUGUCUGUUGCUUGAGAUGUUUUUAAGUUCAGAAAUUGGUACAAAAUAUUUAUCAUCAACUAAAUUAUUGCCUCAAUUUUCUGAAAUUGUUGCACAAAUCGAUCCUUAUAGCGGUAUAACUUCAAAAGAUCCUGUAUUAAAUAAAAGAAGAUUAGAAAAUACUGCCUCCAUUGGGUAUAUUAGAUUCAUUGGAGUUUUAAGUGGUAGCAUUGAAGGUUUGAAUUUACUUUCGAAUUGGCAAUUUUUUACAUUGAUUUCUGAUAUUAUAUCAGCAUCAAAUGAAGUUGAAAAUAACGAUUUGUUUAUAUUGACAUUGUUUAAAUAUGUUGACUUCACCAUUGAAACUAGUCCAUUCAAGAAUUUGCUUCGGAUGUGUUUAAAUGUAUCAAACUUGAAAAUUAAAGCAUACUUGUUGAGGCAUUUAAUACCACAAUUAAUAACCAACAAGGAAAGCGAAGAAUUUUCAGUAAGAAUAUUAGUGGAGAAUUUAUAUAACAGAAACCAAGAUAUUGUUAAAAAUUCAAUUAAUUUAUUAUUUAAUCACUAUAAAGCAAAUGAUUUUCAAGACGUUGAAUUAUUUUUAAAGUAUCUGCCCUCAGUAUACAUCUUGCGAAAAUAUGAAAAUGGUAAAAACUUUUUAGUACAAUUAUUACAAAAUACUCAGAGUUUCAGAUAUUUAGAAGAUCAAGGCUACAUUGAGGAUGAAUUUAGUAAAUGGUGUCAAAUUCGAAAAUUCAAAUAUCUCAAGAAAAUAGAUGAUUUAUUAAGAUUACAAUUUUUUCCAUAUGUAAAUUCACAAAAUUUAGAUUAUGAACAACAACCAAACGAUUUUGAAAUUUACUCAUUGAAUUUUUUCAAAUGUUUAUUAUCAACUGAAGAAGGUUUGAAUUUUUUUAGUAAAGGUAUGGCUAAAGAUUUUUUAGAUCAAUUAUUGUCAUCUAUAGAGAUUAUAUUUGGACAAAUUAAUAAUGAUAAUGAAUUUUUAGAUAUUGAUAAUCAAGAUGAAAUUCAUUGUAAUUUAUUAAAUUUAUUAAAACAAAAUCUAUGGAUUAUUGGACAAAUAAGUUCAGGAAAAUAUGGUAUUCAAUUCUUAGAUCCAAUGUAUAAUAUAAAUUUAAAAUCUUCUAUAAUUGAAUUAAUUUUAGAUAAUUUCCAUACUUGCCCAGUUUGGGAAAUUAGAGGAUUGUGUUUUUAUAUCAUUGGUAUGAUUUCAACAACAGUUGAAGGAAUUGAAAUAUUAGAUGAAUUUGGUUGGUAUUCUGUAUUAGAUCAAUAUGGAAGAAGCAUGAAUCUAGCUUACCCCAAACAAAUCACAGAUGGACCACUCAAAAAGGGAGAUGAUAAAGCCAAUUUAUUCAAUGUUCAAAGUGUAAAUCCAUAUCGUGACAAACGUUACUUGCAUAUCUUUAAUAGUUUAGUUGAUAAAUCAAGUGAAGAAUAUCAGUCACCAACUACUAUAAAAUUUUUUUCAAAUUUACAAAAUUUAAAUUCAAUUUUGUCUAAAAUAGAAUUAAAAGCCGUGAAAGAAUUACUUAAAUUGAAACAACAAUAUAAUGAAAUAUUUGAAGAUUUUGAUUUAUUUCUUGAUGUUAUCAGAUUAAUCGAUAAAGGGAAUUUCUCAUUUCACAAAAGAGUAUUCAUAUUUAAAUUAUUCUCAGAUGGUUCAGUUUUGGAGUACAUUUUGAAAAAGGAAAAAAGAGGUUCAUUCAAAUUUCAAGUAUAG